AUGCUGCUGCGCUACUGGCUCGCAGCGCUGUUGCUCUGCGUGCGCUACCCGUCCGCGGCGCUAUUGCUGCUCCACUUGACGUGGCACAUAACCUCGAGGCUGCUGCAAGUGCUGAUGCUAUUUGUAGGUGGCGGCACGUUCUGGUGGGUGCUGCGCUCGUACCAAUUGCAAAAAGAACAGGAGCUUUUGGACCAUGCGGUGCUCAAGUUCAAGUUCUGUCGGAAGUACCACCACCGAAGUAGCAGCAAUGGUAGGAGAGACGACGAAAGUGCUCACCAGCUACGUGGGCGUAAGCGCCUGUCUGUCGUUGCGCACCUGCGCUCGUCUUGGCACUUACCGUCGGAGCUCUGCGAUGCUGUUGCAGCACUCGUACAGUUGAUUGUCCAGAACUACGUCGAUGGCUGGUUUCAAGCGGUUUCUCUGGAUCAAGACUUUUCUAAUGAUGUCAAGCUGUUGCUUGCUGAUUUACUGGGCGCCCUCGCAUCUCGAGUGCUAGAGAUUGAUUCGUCCCAGGCACUGACGAUCUUUGCAAAGAGUCUCGAGCUCCUGAGGCUGCAUCUUGGCUGGUUCCGGGAAGUCUAUGCACAUUUGGCGGACGAGUAUCCAGCUGUAUUUGAAGGCGACGAAAACGACGUGAAUCUACUCAAGAGGCAAAUGUACGUGGCAGCAUUUGUACGGAAAUCGUCCUUUGUUCAUCCAGGCUGCGUCAACUCGGAGGUUGUCCCGUCGGAAUCUAUGCUUGGCCAAGGUUGUAGUGACAAGAAGAAGGCUGGAAACGAUGCAGCAGAUGCGUACCUUCGGCAUGUAGCGACGCAACUGCUUGCUUACUUGAAGCCUCAGUUGGGUCAAGAGCAAGACACAAAUGUGUUUGUGUCCAUGGCCAUUAAUUUGCUGCGUGAAGUAGCGGUUUUUAAAAUCCUCAAACCGCUGUCAGAAUACUCACAACCGCGGUACGCCAACGAGAUCGUGGUAUCUUGCCUCCGUGAGGUCGUUGACGAGAAAGUUGCGAUGGUGUCAAAGUCGCCAGGCAUGGUCUCAUUGGGGAACGGUGUUGGAAAGGUGCCAACCGUGACGCUGAAAAAACUUCGGUCGACGUCUAGUAGCCUGUAUAAAGCCAGCAGGCGCAGUGGGGAGCAUGCCGAAGCAGCCUUUCAAGCAGUCGUAGAGGCUGUGGCAAGUGCAGCGUCCUCAGUUGCUGCAGGCGCUGCGGAGAUGGUAUUUGAAGGAGAAGACUGGACUGAUUUAGGGAGCAAUUCAUUUGCGUUUGGCAAUGCUGUGUUUGGUACUAGCUCAAGAGGUGAAAUUGGUGAUAGGAAAACAGUGUCGUCAAGGUAUGGAUUGGACGACCGCCUAAGUGUUGCUAAGACUGCAAAAAUGAUGAAUCCUCGUGGAUUGAUUCCAGGUGGACUUUUGUCGCACAAGAUGGUGAUGAGUGAGAACAGUCGUAUAGGUGCUCACAUGGAUGACCUCAUGAUGAAUGCAAGGUCCAACAUCGGUUCGAGCUUAAACUCGUCGAUCGGCAAAGUCAAGAAGCGCUUCCGCACCCUCGGCAAUCAUCCGAUGGAUCCUCUGUCCACACCACCGCUCAGCGCGGGCGCGGGGACGGGGACGGCAGCUCGAAUGAUUCGCAAGCCAGGACAGCUACUUCAUAAGGCUUGGAAACGAAGCGAGUCGGCUACUAGCAUGCGGAGCUCUUCAUUUGAUAGCGACACAUUGACGCCCACAGGCCAAACUCGAGUUCGUAGUCGCACCCGUACCUUGGGCUCGCUCAAUCCUCUCGAAAGUCCGAUUUGUAAUGACGAAGAGAUGGCAGCGACACAAACAUCGAGCAGAGGUACAUGUAUGGUCGCUGUGCGGGAGCGUGUUGUCACCUACUUGGAAAAGGCAGUGGCGGAUUACACAAAAACGCACGACGAGUGUAGCGAAACGCGCAGCUCAGUGCACUCACGCGAGCUGUACGACCUUCUCUCCGCCAUGGAAAACGUGCUAAUGCUAGGCUACCGCGGUCAUGAUUCAGACGACGAAGGUGACGACGAACAGCCAUCAACUCCCCCGCUAUCCCCAAUCGUUCGGCGGCGCUCUUCUGUAGUGUCGACAAACGAUAAGGCGACGUCUUCGCAUCGCGACAGCGUGGAUACGGAUAGAUGCUACUAUUCGGAUGAAGAACAGCAUGACGAUCAGUACUACUGGGAGUUUCUUGCGCGGGACAGGUCAGGUGCGGGAAUGCUUAACGCGCAUUGGCGGUCUGUGGUGUCCGAUUGUCAAGCUUGUAUCCCGACUGAGUCAUUCAUAUCUACCCGUGGAGCUCAAUGGCUACUAGCUGCGAUCGCAAAAGGGUCCCUGGGCACUUUGUGUGCGGAGCUGUAUGCACAUAGCGAAGUGACGGAGUUAUUUUAUGAAGACUUCGCGCUACUACUUGACAGGAGUCUCACUGAUUCCAUACUGCAUACUCUGCAUCAGCUCGACAGACUAGAUGUUUCGCUGGAUGUGUAUGCUGUUCGGGGUAAUCAAAGUGACGUAGACCAAGAGCUUGGUGUUUCGCCUCCCCACCAGUGGCAAUCUGGACACGAAGCAUCAUCAAGUGCCCCUGUUUGUGUGUUGGAACGAGUGUGGGAGACUGAGCGCUACGUUCCCAUAAACGGAUGGGUGAAAGUGACAGAUAAGCGGCGGCAGGAACUCCCGUCAUCGGAAUGGGUUUGGGAAGACGACUGGAGGCUUGAUGAUUCUGGAAAUAGUUUGGGGGAAGUUCCAGACAGCAAGGCGACAGCUACCACGUGGCAAUAUGCAAAAACCUUCGAAGAUGAUUUUCACGAUACGGAAAUGGAGUUGGAUUGUGUACGGCGGCGGCGGUGGGUACGCCGGCGACGUCAGCAUCCAGCAGGUAUACCUCCGUCCUCACUGCAGGUAUCCCCAAAGACUAUCUGUAUGUCUUCUCCUCUAGCAUCUUUCGCUGUUUCGAAUGGAGUCGAUAAAGCAAAAAAGCACGAGCAGCGGUGUAAUGCGUCGAGUCGUGAGCACAAGAAAAAUGGAGGAGUAAAGUCCGUGAUGGAAAGUCGAUUGAAAAGCUUUGGUCGAGUAAUGGCUGAUACUUCGACGAGACAUGCGACAUUGGGAAUGACCGAUUUGGAUGAUUUACAGCGCGCAUCGACAAAAACCUUGGCUUUCAUGAAAGCCCGCGCGUCCAUCCCUUCGUUGCGGCGCGGAAUUUCUAGCAUGAGCAUGAAGUCCCCGACUAGCGAUACUCACUCUUUUCGAGCGAAACAGUCGAUUGACGAGAACCUAGCGGUUUUGUGUGACGAAGACAGAAACGAUGGUGAGACUUUCUGCAGCCGCUGCCUUUCAGCUCUUCCGCGCUGUGAGUCGAGCGAGUACACUUGCGAGAGCUGCCACGAACGUGUAUGCGCUUCGUGUCUAGCUUUCCAUGCAUUCGUCGUCUAUCCCCCGCCUCUCGGAACCUCGAAGAAAGCACGAGUGUGUGGAAUCUGCUACGGCCGUCUAGUGAGCAAAUAUAAGCUGCGGCUGGAAGCCCACGUCGGCAAGUACUUGACCAAGGAGUGCGACCCCGAGACGCACGGUAUGUUUGGCUUGAGUACUGUUACUGGCUUCGCCGACGGAGAUGGUAGCAACGAUAUUUCUUACCAUUCGGUUUCUUCUAUUGGUGAUGGUGGCACUUCAGAAGGCACCUGCAGUUCCUUAGCAACGAGACAGGCAUCCUGCCCUUUGGGCCCGGCUGUUGGUCAAGACGGUCAGAAUUUUGAGAUCACUGUCCAGGUCAACGGUGACAGUGCGUAUGCAUGGCAUGUAGUCAGGACCUUCCACGAUUUUGAGGUGCUGGAGAAACAGUUGGCUGAAAAGCUUGAGAAGCAAGAGAAGAAGUACGGGAUGGGAUGUCAGGCGUGUCAUUUGAGCGGUGUCGAUUACAGUGAGAUUUCUUGUAUCAACCCGUCCCUCAAUGCUGUUGCGGUGACAGCUUUGACCUACGAGAAAAAGUUGUACAUUGUCGAGCACUUCUUGCAGCAAGUGUUGGCGUGCGAUACACUGUGUCAAAGCUCGGUUUUGCAACAGUUUCUCCUGCUUCCUGCCGCACUUCGCAUGACCUGCGCGACUGGUAACCCAUCGUUGUCCAUACAGGAGACUGAUACGUUUAAGCGCGUCAGUAGAUUGACCGAUGGAAAUCGAACUUCUCCGUCAGCAGCGUCUUCUACUGAGGAUAGCGCGAUUGACAACACAGCUGGAAGGCGGGGCGAGGUCGACCGUGCUGAGGGUAUGUCGGAUGGAGCUGGCAAAUGGCAAAAAGAGCGAUGGGUAGCGGCGGAUGGAGACUCGAAGGAGACCAAGAUGCGUGUUUUGCAAAAGAUUGAAGUGAGUCUCUUCGCUGUGCUGGGCGAGGUAUUCGAGUUCGACGGCAUCGGCGUGGUGCGCCGUCAGAUCUUCUCGAUGACGCGGUCAUUCAUCAAGGCUUUCCUUGGUGCCUCACACUUUCGAAUGCUAGAGCGGCAGCUUCUGUCUUUCACGGACCCAACGAAACUUGCAGGCUGGAUAAAUGACUUGCGGCUGUACAUUUUCCCUGAUCCUGGCAGUGCCGAUGUCGUUCCGUGUCCAGCUCCCGACAUGCAAGUCCUACGCAAAGAAUGUCUCGAAGCGAUCCUCGCCAGCUUUCCUUCCAAAGUGCUAUCACUUUUCGGCGACACUGCAUGCGAGAACGCAUCGCUCAAGCUGCACGAGUUCUUGCAGCACGAGGUUUUUGUGAAGAAUCUGCUCUUUAGUAUCACGGACGAGCUGCUGUUGCACCUGUUCCCGGACUCGACCACAUUCAAGGGCAUGGACACACCAAACGAGAUACCAGCAGCACCGAUGCCCGCGUGUUCCUCUGCAGCAGAAGUCGCUACUACCAUCUCUAAAGAAGCCGUUGCCGCGUCGAUCAUCGACGGCACAGUGAGCUGA